AUGCCGAACAUUCUUGACUACCAGCGCACGGAGAAAAUUGGUGAGGGAACAUACGGCGUUGUAUAUAAGGGGAAGCAUAUCAAAACCCAACGAUAUGUUGCACUCAAACGCAUUAGACUAGACAGCGAGAGCGAAGGCGUUCCUUCAACGGCAAUUCGAGAGAUUUCUUUGCUGAAAGACUUGCAGCACUACACCAUAGUAGAACUUCUCGACGUGGCUGUUAUGGACUCCGAUAUUUACAUGAUCUUCGAAUAUUUGGAUAUGGAUCUGAAAAAGCUGCUGGAUAAGUAUAAAUCCUCAUUUACGCCGAAACUUGUCAAAAGUUACAUGCACCAAAUGCUAGAUGCCAUUGCUUUCUGUCACUUGCAUCGAAUUCUACACCGAGAUCUUAAGCCGCAAAAUUUACUUAUUGACCGAGAAGGACACAUUAAAUUAGCCGAUUUUGGUCUAGCACGAUCAUUCAAUUUUCCUAUGCGACCAUACACUCAUGAGGUAGUUACGCUGUGGUAUCGGGCACCGGAAAUCUUGCUGGGAACUAAAUUCUAUGCUAUCGGGGUGGACAUUUGGAGUUUGGGCUGCAUUUUCGCCGAAAUGAUCCUAAAACGACCGUUGUUCCCAGGGGAUAGCGAAAUCGAUCAGCUGUAUAGAAUUUUCCGCACCAUGGGAACACCGAACGAAAGUAAUUGGCCCGGUGUUUCACAGCUACCAGAUUACAAACGGACAUUUCCCUGCUGGGAUAAACAGCCAAUUCCAGACGAAAUCGGUCGCUUCAUGGCUCAGGAUUUAUUCCGAGAACUGAUGAUUUAUGAUCCUACACAGCGUAUUUCGGCACGGAAUGCCAUGGCGCAUCCAUACUUUGACGAUGUAGAACUAGUAGCACCAGGUAUAUAG